AUGAUCAUACUGUUAUCAGCUUACAAAUGUGACACUACUGCUUCCUUACUUGGACAGGGGGACAAUCAGGUCAUUGUGCUCAGGAUCCCAUCCAAGCAGUACCUGAGAGAACGCAAUCUAACCCCCGAUGAGUACACUGUGCAGUUUCUCCAGGUAUUGGAAGAAACAUGUACAAAAUCUGGUAUUGUUAUCAAGGUACCGGAAUCUUGGAGAUCACGUAGACUCCUUAAAUACGGAAAACGAUACUUCCUAGAUGGUGUUCAGGUGAGUGGAGCCAUUAAGAAAGCAACAAGAAUAACAAGUGAGGCAAACCAGACUAUCCUCACAAUCAAUGCAAUCAUAGCUGGUCUCUAUUCCAGCGGAGCCUCGAUAGCUGGGGAUGAUGAAAGCCCCAUACCAGCAUAUCAAUUGACAGUAUAUGAGGCUGCGAAGACCUUAUGGCGACUGGUACCGGAGUACCGGAACAUGCCUGAUGAGUGGAUGAUGGUACUCAUGCUAUUAAACAGGACUAUCGGGGGGUAUCCUACGCGUGAUACCGUUAAUUUAAAGAGGGCAUGGGAUAACAUGAAGGCUUUUACACGUAAAGCUCGUGCAGCUGAACGUGGUAGUUUAUUUAAAACUGGAGGGGGACCCAUAAAACCUACUCUGCCACCACACCAAGGAGCCAUCAUAAGCAUGGUAGAAGAAGUAGCACCUGUUAUAAUUUGUGAAGUGAAAAAUUCAUUUGAUAGUGAUGGAUGUCUAUUAAGUUCACUUGAAGAGGAGGAAGUGAAAUCCAAUGAUUGCAAAAUAGAUGACAAUGAACCAGAUAAAUAUCAUCUUGCAGAGUCUGAAAAAACGCUCACCACUGAAUUUCCAAUUCAAGUUAUAAAUAACACAGUUGGCUACUCAAGAAAUCAAACAACAGGCAGCAGAACUAGAAUUACAGACAAAUAA